CUGGGAUAAUGGUAUAUAUUGCGUUUAAUUUCUUUCCGAGAACCAUCGAUUCGAUUGGCCGUCCCCAUUCUCCCAAUACAAACACAUACUGUUCUGCUCCUUGACCACCUAGUACUCAAAUCAACACCACACUUCACCACACAAUUGAGUCAAUCUCGUCAGCACCGACCACUCUGAAUUACAUAACGGCACAACCAAUUAUAUCAGUCAAUAUGUAUAUUCCGAAGAAAUCCAUCAAUCACUUCCUCGCUAUCCACGACAUUGGCAUCUCCGACGCUAAACGCAAGGCCUUGGAAGACGGAAUUAAGGGCAACCUACAAAUGUCCCUCCCUGCGGCGCUCGUCAUGAUACUGCUCUGUUUUAUCUUCUUCAUGCUCUUAGCAUUCGGGGCUAGUUUGCUCGUGCAUUAUCUUGAGGGCCGGUAUAAUCCACCAGCGCCACCACAAUACUACUACGGAGAUAACCGAAGAAGGUUGCCCGAACUGCUCGACUCUGCGGACCAGACAGACUCGCUCCCUCGGUAUGAGCGCGAGGAGCCUACUGAGAGACCACUUCUUGAUUUCGAAGGAAGUACACCGCCCCCCGCCUACGGCACCGUCUUCCACAUUCCUGCGCCAUGUAACGACGACGAGGACCAUCCAGCAGAUUCGUCAUCAGAGCCUCUUCGCAACUUCCCUCUCGCCUAA